GCGCGGACUUCCUGUUUCACCCACCAGUCUCUGCCUGCCCUUCUCCCAGUUUUCCAGGACCGAGCCAGCCCCUGGGCCUGGAAAGCGGCAGGCGAACAUGGCAAUCUCGGCUUCCAGGAGAUUCACCAUGACCAGGGCCUUAGAAGAGGCUCUUCUCCAACACUUCAUAUGUCAGAAACUGGAGAUCGCUUAUGCCAUAAACAAGCCAUUUCCCUUCCUCGAAGGCCUCCGAGACAACUUGUUCAUCACCGAGAAACUGUACAGGGAAUCUCUGGAAGCCUGUAGAAAUCUGGUCCCUGUAUCCAGAGUAGUGUACAACAUUCUAACCAAACUGCAGACCACCUUUAAUCUGUCAUUUCUGGAGCUGCUGUUCAGCCAAAUUAACCUGCGUGAAUACCCCAACCUGAUGAUGACACUUCAGAGCUUUGAAAGAGUUGUCACUUCCCAUGGAGGGUGGAGCAGAAUCAGGGAGAUUCCCCUCGAAGCACCAGCCAACCCAUCAGGAAGGUGCUCCCUGCAGACCCUGCUGCCACUGCCCGCCUGCCAACACCCCGCACCGAGCUGCCCACCCUGUGCACCCAGCGUCAGUGAGCCCACGGCACCCGCCCAGCACAGUGCUGAGACCCUGGACGAGCCGCCCAGCCCUGCUGGCCUUGCUGUGUCUCUCGCUGGAGUCAUCAAGGAAGGCAGACUCACUCCAGUGGCAAGAGAUGAUUCUUCUGAACCGAGUGAACCAAAGGAGCUCCAAGAGGCAGCCGGGACACCUUCCAACAAGCAAGGAAAGAAAAGAAAGAGAAAUAUCUGGUCAACUCCAAAAAGGAGAUGCCAGAAAAAAAGUGUCCCAAGAGGAGCAGCCUCACCUGGACAUGGACUUCAAGAGAGGCUCCCAGAGAUGGAUCAGGCAACUCAAAGGAAGGUCGACUCAACCAGGAAGUCCAAGGUCAUGACAAGGGUCCAGGAGGCAAGGACCAAAUGUGCCCAGACACCAAAACCAGAGGAGAUCAGUGAUGACAUUUCAGAAAUAGAUGAAGGAAAGAGACCCCAGGAACCACCCAGCGGAUCACCAAGAAUCACGCGCAGUAAAGAAAGGAAGAGAAAAAUACAAAGCUGGUCCAGUUCAAAAAAAAAACAGAAAAAAAGCCUCCCAAGAGGGGCAGCCUCACCUGGACACAGAGUCCAAGAGGAACGCCAAGUGAUGAAUCAGGCGACUCAAAGAAGCGAUGACUCAACUAGAAACCCAUAUGUCAUGACAAGGGCCCAGAAGGCAAGACCUGAAUGUGACCAGACACCUUCACUUGAGGAGAAGAGGGGGAAAGUUGUCUGUUCAAGUUCAACAAGGUGUCAGAGAAAUGUUCCUGCAAAGGAAAAACCCAAAGAAGACAGUCUGGAUUUUCACGCUCCUAAACUUCCUGUGACCUGUGGGAAGGCAAAAGGGAUUUUAUAUAAAGAAAAAAUGAAACAAGGAUCCUCAAAGAAGUGCAUUCAGAAUGAAAAGGGAGUUUGGUUCACACCCAGAGAAUUUGAAAUGGAAGGAAAACGGGCACAGUCCAAAAACUGGAAGCGGAGUGUGCUUUGCGGAGGAAAGAGCUUAGAACAGCUGAUGAAGAAUGGACUUUUGCUCUGUCCUCCAAGAAGUCUCAAGAGAGAGGAAGACCCCAAGGAAUGCACGGUGUGCUGCAGAGGGGGACUGCUGCUCUGCUGUGACACCUGUCCAAGGGCCUUCCAUGAGAACUGUCACAUCCCCACCGUGGAGGCCGAGAGGAGCCCAUGGAGUUGCACCUUCUGCAGGAUGAAGGCGCCCUCAGGGAGCCAGCAGUGUCGUGGGGAAUCUGAGCUUCUGACGAGGCAGAUGGAGCCUGAGGAUCAGCUGAAAUGUGAGUUUCUCCUCUUGAAGGCCUACUGUCACCCACAAAGCUCUUUUUUUGCGGAGACUCCACCUAAUAUUCGAGAUUAUGGCGAGCCCUUUAAGGAAGCCAUGUGGUUGAACCUGGUUAAGGAAAGGCUGGCUGAGAAAGUGUAUACAGUGGCCUGGUUCCUGCGGGACAUGCGCCUGAUCUUCCGCAACCAUCAAGCAUUUUAUAAGGCUUCCAACUUUGGUCAAGUGGGACUGGAUUUAGAGGCAGAAUUUGAAAAGGACCUCAAAGAAGUGCUUGUUUUUCAUAAAGCCAAUGAGAACAGCUUCCAGGCUCCACCUUGAUCCUGUUCUGGAAAGACGAAGGUACCCCAAUUUCAGGAUCCAGAUGAUGUGGCCCUGGCUAUUCUUAGAUUGCCAACGAGUCUGGGAUGUUACUGGCUGCACUCUUGACUCAAAUCCAGGCCCUUCACAGCAUGAGUACACCCUCCACCUCCUUUUAUUGUUUCUUUUUAUAUUUCACACCUCAAAAAAUUGGAUAUUUCCUUAAUGCCAUGAAAUACCCAUCACAGUUCACAUUCGCCCCAUUGUCUCAUAAAUCAUUUUACAGUUGAUCAGUUUGAAUUAGGUUCCAAACAAAUUCCACGCACUGCAUUUGGCUGAUCUUUCUCUCAAGGCUCUUUUCAUCUGUGGGUUCCCCACUGCCUUUUCUCCUUCCCAUCAACUCAUUGGAGAACCUGGGGACUUCAUCCUAUAAAGUUGUUCAUAUUCUGGAUUUUUCUGCAUCCCCUGAGUGGCCUGUUCCUUUCUCCCUGACAUCUUUGUAAGCUCAAAGUCAGAUCUACAGGCUUGCUUAGAUUUGAUUCCUUGGGGGGAGGGAAUAUUUUGGUUUGUUUCUUUAGUAAACAGACUUCACAGGGGGAUCUGUGUCUUCGUCUGUCAUGUUAAGAUCAGUCAGCAGGUUCAGGUGUUACCAGCCCGACCCAUCAUUCUAUCACCCUUUCACCUAAUGAUUUUAGCAGCCACUGAUGCUCAUUGCCUCAACCCAUUUCAUUGGGGUUUGCAAAAUGAUGAUAUUCAGAUGCUGUUAUUCCUUCUAUAUUUAUUACUCAAAAUUCUUCUGCAAAGAGCUUCCCUUCCACAAUAUUUGGUUAGCUUGAAAUACAGUUUGUAUAGGAAAUGCAGGAUAAAUGCUAGAUUCUUGAUUUAAAGUGUUCAAAUCAAUGAGUUGUUUCCCUAGUAGCCUCUAAAGAUAAGCAGGGAGGGUUUUUUUUUUUUCCUUUAAAGUAUCUUGAACUCAUGGAUUUAAAUAUAUUUAAUGUGUUCCAAACCAUUGCAGUUAAUGUCUUUAUUGCUGCUCAAAUCACCCAUCUUCAGUGAGUGAGACUCUUUUCAAGUUGGCUCCUGAGUCGUUCUGAAAUGACCCCAGAACUCUUUGGUAGAGUAUCAGCUCUUUCUUUCUGUGUAACAAAUGACCCCAAAGUUUAGUGGCCUAGAGGAACAAUCAUUUUCCUGCUCACUAUUCUGUGGGGCAGAAUUCAGGCAGUGGUCCGUGUGGAUGCCUUAUCUUUGCUCCACACAGUAUUGACUAAGCCCUUUCGUGCUUGCUUGCACAGUGUCACUUCCGCCACAUACUAUCAGUCCAAGCAAACCACUGGACCAAAUUCAAAAGGAGGGGAAAUAGGCUGUACCUCUUCGUGGGAUGAAUGACAAAGUCACAUUUCAAAGGGAAUGUGGCUUGGGAAGAAAUGUUGCCACUGUCUUCAGAAACACUCUACCAUAGUUCACAACAAAUCACAUCCUUGCUACAAGCAAAGGACACUCCCUCCCACCCCCUCCCCAAGGAGCCUCAUUCAUUGCAGCAUUGGGUCAAAGCCCAGGACCUCAUCAUCUAAAUCAGGUUCAGAUCAGAUAAAGUUUCCUUGGCUGUGGUUCAUUGGAUGUGGCUCUGCAUGCUGGUACCCAUCCUCUGGAACCAAAGACUUGUGAAUUGAAGAACAAGUUAAUCUCUUCACUUUCCAAACCUAAUGAUGAAACAGGGACAGAAUAACCAUUGUGGACACUUGCAUUCAAACGGGGAAAUGGGUAGCAAAUAGCUGUCACUGGUCCAUAGCAAUUCAGAAAUCCAGUCAAGUGCCUCAAUCUCAGGGCAGAGAAUAUUCCUUGAGAAUCCUAUGGUCUAUAAAUAUUAUAUCCCUCUAAUUCUUAUCCAACACCAAGGGCUUCUUCCAUGUCUUCCUCCAGUCCCUGUUUGUGUCUCUUUUCUCCCCAGGAUAUUCACUCAUUUGCUCAACUCUAAACUACAACGAUAAUAGUUUUGGAAUCUCUAAUUCAUACCACCAUAAAAAAACUAAAUUGAAUUCUAAAUUUGUGUGAAAUUUAUUUUUGUUUCUGUUGUAUAUUUAAUAUACCAUCGCAGAGGGAAUUUCCAGGAUUUUGCGUGUGUAUUUAUAAACGAGAUUAGUCUGUUAAGUUUCAUAUAUUGCCAUAGUCAGAUUUAGAGUUUUCCUAGCUUGGCAAAAUAAUUUGUAAAAUUUUAUACCUCUUUAUAUGUUCUAGAAUAGUUUGUAGCAUUUUUAAUUAACCAACUCAUAAAAUGAUACAGCCUGGAGGACUUUCCCCUAUUACUUUGGGGAAGUAAUACUAAUCACAUUCUCUGCUGUUUUGUGGUGAUUAGACUGUUUGGAUAUUCUAUUGCUUUUUGAAUCAGUUCCACUUUUAUCUUUUUCUAGGAAGUCAUCCACAGCAUUUAUAGCUGGUCUUAUUUCUGUCAUAUUAUUUUAUUCUUUCUCUUUUGAAAAUGUUAGUAUUUUUUGUCAACAGUUUGUUUUCAUUUUCUAUCCUGAAAGGCAUUAUAAUGGUUUUUUCUAAUAUUUACCUGCAAGUUUUCCAACUAUAUUUUUAACUUAUUUUUAAGUGUCAGAACCAAAAAUUAAAUAUCUUUUAUAUGCUACAUAUUUAAGCCAAGAUGUUUGUCAUUUUUAAA